AUGGGCGCCUAUCUCUAUGGGCGCCUAUCUCUAUGGGCGCCUAUCUCUAUGGGCGCCUAUCUCUAUGGGCGCCUAUCUCUAGGGGCGCCUAUCUCUAGGGGCGCCUAUCUCUAUGGGCGCCUAUCUCUAUGGGCGCCUAUCUCUAGGGGCGCCUAUCUCUAUGGGCGCCUAUCUCUAGGGCGCCUAUCUCUAGGGGCGCCUAUCUCUAGGGCGCCUAUCUCUAUGGGCGCCUAUCUCUAUGGGCGCCUCUCUCUAGGGGCGCCUAUCUCUAGAGGGCCUAUCUCUAUGGGCGCCUAUCUCUAUGGGCGCCUAUCUCUAUGGGCGCCUAUCUCUAGGGGCGCCUAUCUCUAUGGGCGCCUAUCUCUAUGGGCGCCUAUCUCUAUGGGCGCCUAUCUCUAUGGGCGCCUAUCUCUAGGGGCGCCUAUCUCUAGGGGCGCCUAUCUCUAUAGGCGCCUAUCUCUAUGGGCGCCUCUCUUUAGGGGCGCCUAUCUCUAG